AUGACGGUUAACAGCCUUAUCCUUCUUAUUUACUUCAUGGUUGUUUCCGGUAUCUUUUAUGAUAUCAUUAAUGAACCACCCGGUAUUGGAUCAACACAAGACAGGUUCACUGGUGCUGUUAAUCUCGUGGUUUUUAUGUCGGGUCGGGUUAAUUGUCAGUAUAUUAUUGAAGGAUUAUGUAAUACCUCUCGGGCAGAUGUUACCACCGGGAUAAGUCCGGUUAGGCAGAGUGUUAAGGUUUCGUUUGCAUCAACUGGGGUUGUGUUUGUUGUUAUGGCUUAUGUUAUGAGUAUGUUGUGUAUCCGGAUCAAGAUCCCCGCUUAUCUUCGCUGAAAGAAA